AUUUUUGUAUCAUGUACUCCGUCCGUAUCUCUUGCGUUUUUAAUCACCGCGCCGUAGUCAUUUCAGUAUUCCCUGGUCUCCCACGAAAUUAUGGCGGAGGAAUUCGACGAUGUCGAGUUCCUGGCGGCCGAGGCUGCUGUCCAGCAGUCGACGUCCGCACCGCAACGAACGGCAAGUCCGGCGAUCAACAAUGGAAAAGUCGUUCAACCAAAGCCGCAGGCAAUGCCUGGAAGGCAAGGUCCCUCUGCAAUUCUGGUCUCGACGCGACAGAAGGGCAAUCCUAUCUUGAACAAUGUCAAAUCACUGCCCUGGGAGUACUCUGACAUUCCUUGUGACUACGUCCUCGGUGCCACAACAUGCGCACUCUUCCUGUCCCUAAAAUACCAUCGACUGCACCCCGAGUACAUCUACAGUCGUAUUCGCCAGCUAGGCAAGCUGUACAACCUUCGCAUACUGCUGACCAUGGUAGACAUCAACAACCACGAAGAAGCGUUGAAAGAACUGUCCAAGACCUCAAUGAUCAACAACCUUACCUUGAUACUCUGCUGGUCCUCCCAAGAAGCCGGUCGCUACCUAGAAUUAUUCAAGUCGUACGAGCAUGCCUCAGCUGCCUCAAUCCGAGCCCAUCAAGCCGAAACAUAUCAAGAAAGUCUGACCGAAUUCGUGACCACUCCACGGACCAUCAACAAGACAGAUGCUGCGAGUCUCAUCUCCAACUUCGGUUCCUUACGAGCGGCUGUCAACGCACAACCUGAAGAGUUGGCCUUGGUACCAGGUUGGGGUGAAAAGAAGAUUAAAGCAUGGACUACGACGGUACGCGAGCCUUUCCGUGUCAAGAGAGCAGCCAAAUCCAAUGCCACUCUGUUGAGACAAGAAAGCUCAAUGUUUUCUGAGGGAGACAGUGCACCAACAUCAAGGUCAGCAAGUGUUGUCACUCCCAUACCAAUCAGCACUGUACCCAGCUUGAGCAGACAAGGCACGUCAGCGGGGUUGAUCCCAAAAGCCACCGACGCCGGUCCGAGUCAGAAACGACCUCGAUUAGAGGAAGUGCACUUUGACGACGAUAUAAUCGACGACGAGGAAGCAGCACUGCUUGCUCAGGUUGAAGCGGAAUCAAACCUCGCUGAUGCAGAGAAACCGAAAGCUGCGCAAGCCGUGACCAGAAAAGAACCCGAGUUGAGCGAUGGUGUCAUGGCUGCCUUGGCCAAGUUACGCCAGAACGGCUGAAGUCCAAGAGACACUAUUAUUCGUAUGAUUAUUGCCUCAUGGCACGCACAGCACGAGUGCGAAAAGCCUUUAUUGCGCCGACAUAUGCAUCCAUACUGAGGAGCAUGUGCAUAUACCUCGGGCGCCGGAAACU